AUGGCAGCCCAACUUGAGGAAGCCAUGGAAUGCUCCAAGAAGGAUCUUAACAUCACAUUUGAGACAAAGAUCUCACGAGACAAAGCUGACCAGAAUGUCACGGAGGUUUGUGGCUUAGAAUAUAUCAACAAGAAGACCUCACAAGAUGAAGCUGACCAGAACGUCACUGAGGUUUGUGGCUCAGAACGUAUCAACAAGAAGACCUCACAAGAUGAAGCUGACCAGAACGUCACUGAGGUUUGUGGCUCAGAACGUAUCAACAAGAAGACCUCACAAGAUGAAGCUGACCAGAACGUCACUGAGAACGUCACUGAGGUUUGUGGCUCAGAAUGUAUCAACAAGAAGACCUCACAAGAUGAAGCUGACCAGAACGUCACUGAGGUUUGUGGCUCAGAACGUAUCAACAAGAAGACCUCACAAGAUGAAGCUGACCAGAACGUCACUGAGGUUUGUGGCUUAAAAUAUAUUAACCAGAAGACCUCACGAGAUUACGAUGACCAGAACGUCACUGAGGUUUGUGGCUUAGAAUGUAUCAACAAGAAGACCUCACAAGAGGAAGCUGACCAGAACGUCACUGAGGUUUGUGGCUCAGAAUAUAUCAACAAGAAGACCUCACGAGAUUACGAUGACCAGAACGUCACUGAGGUUUGUGGCUCAGAAUGUAUCAACAAGAAGACCUCACAAGAUGAAGCUGACCAGAACGUCACUGAGGUUUGUGGCUUAGAAUAUAUUAACCAGAAGACCUCACAAGAUGAAGCUGACCAGAACGUCACUGAGGUUUGUGGCUCAGAAUGUAUCAACAAGAAGACCUCACAAGAUGAAGCUGACCAGAACAUCACUGAGGUUUGUGGCUUAAAAUGUAUCAACAAGAAGACCUCACAAGAUGAAGCUGACCAGAACGUCACUGAGAACGUCACUGAGGUUUGUGGCUUAGAAUGUAUCAACAAGAAGACCUCACAAGAUGAAGCUGACCAGGACGUCACUGAGGUUUGUAGCUUAGAAUAUAUUAACCAGAAGACCUCACGAGAUUACGAUGACCAGAACAUCACUGAGGUUUGUGGCUCAGAAUGUAUCAACAAGAAGACCUCACAAGAUGAAGCUGGCCAGAACGUCACUGAGGUUUGUGGCUUAGAAUUUAUUAACCAGAAGACCUCACAAGAUGAAGCUGACCAGAACGUCACUGAGGUUUGUGGCUUAGAAUGUAUCAACAAGAAGACCUCACAAGAUGAAGCUGACCAGGACGUCACUGAGGUUUGUAGCUUAGAAUAUAUUAACCAGAAGACCUCACAAGAUUACGAUGACCAGAACGUCACUGAGGUUUGUGGCUCAGAAUGUAUCAACAAGAAGACCUCACAAGAUGAAGCUGACCAGAACGUCACUGAGAUUUGUGGCUCAGAACGUAUCAACAAGAAGACCUCACAAGAUGAAGCUGACCAGAACGUCACUGAGGUUUGUGGCUCAGAAUGUAUCAACAAGAAGACCUCACAAGAUGAAGCUGACCAGAACAUCACUGAGGUUUGUGGCUUAAAAUGUAUCAACAAGAAGACCUCACAAGAUGAAGCUGACCAGAACGUCACUGAGGUUUGUGGCUCAGAAUGUAUCAACCAGAAGACCUCACGAGAUAAAGCUGACCGGUACCUGACUGUGGUUUUGUCUUAA